AAAUAUUGAAAGAGCGAGAGAGUUACAGGAAAGUUCAGAGACAGGCCGUGUUCCGCGGUGAGGUAGGAUACCGUGAUGUCCACCCCUGGUCCGCCCCGUGCCCAAGAAGAAGAAGAUGGUGAGGAAGAUUUACCAACAUUCUUGGCGGGAUUGGAGGAAAGACGAUGGAGGUCGGAACAACUGGACCGGAUCCGAGUAUUUCUGGAUUCAGCAGUACAGAGAGAGGCGGAACUGGGAGAACUGCUGGACUGGUUGUCUUUCACCAAGGAAUCUUUUGAACAUUUUGACCAUGAAAGAGAAUUAGACGGGAUUGCUUCAUCGGAAUCCAUACAUUUCAUGGAGAGCAAACUGAGCAAGUUUAUGUUUGAUCUGGAUUGUGGCAUCAACCGUUUGCACAGCCUUUGGAAAUCCGUAUAUAGCACGAAUAAGAGGAAGACAAAGAAAGAGGAGACUGCAAUACAUAAAGGAAGUGUGUGGCACUGGUGGCGAGAGACCAAAGUUGAUGCAAAGGCCGUCAGUCGCAUCCAGGAGCUACAGCCUCCCACUGUCGAGGCCAUUUUGGAAGACGCCAGCUUUGCCACUAAAUGUGCCUCGGAGCUCUCGUUCAUAUUGGGGGACAUGCAGAAGUCCAUGUCUGGCAAUAAAGCCCUGUGUAUAGCCUUUCACUUUGUCCAGACGGGCUUGCAGAACAUAAACCAGGCCUUCCAGGAGAGAAGCAAGGAGUUCACCAUGGGGAAAGAGCGUUAUAACAGAAAGAACAGCAGCAGCAAAAUGUCACAGCUAAGCACUCAGCUGUAUAUGGAAAAAGACAAAGUAAAAGCCCUAGGAGACAAAAUAGCAGACCUGAGGGAAGAGAGGCAGGCUCUUCUGUUCCAUUUAAAAAAUAUCCAAGAGCAGUCACACCAAAAAGGUGCGGUCUCGCCUGAGUCAGUAGUGUACCAAAACGUGCAAGACUCAAAGCCCGUCGCUAAUGCUGAACCAAAUGCAGUCCCUACGAACAAUGUACCCAGACCCUCUCGGCAAAAAGGCCAAAAGCAACAUCACUUGGCUGAGAUCACUGAGAGUGACACCACGGAGGAGAAGGCCGAGAGCGUUGUAGAACAGAUCGAGAAAAAGAGUACUCACCUGCUUGGGGAGUUUCGGCAAACUGUGUUUGGAAUCCUUGAGAACUCCAUGAUGUUUGAUGAUAACAAGGAACUGGGCAAAGAAACAGAGAUGACCAAACCUGAAAAAGUACUGAAGCUCUAUAAGUUUUUGCAGUGCUCCAUGCACGACUGCUUCAAUGAUAUAAUGUCGCACAUCCGCGGGAGAUGUACAGAAGAAAUCAUGGAACUGCCCUUUCAGGAAACGUCUCUGCUCGAAUCUGAGCUAUGGGAUGAUCCAGGAUCAAAUCCCAGUGAUAUGUUGAAAGAUUUGAGUAAAGAGAUGAAGAAGCAUAACAAGUCCAUCAAAAAUGCUGGGGCAUCUUUGGACAGCCUGUUUUCACUACAAGACAAACACGGUAAGGUUUUUGACCAGAAACGUCGUGCUACCUUGGGUCAACUCAUGGGCAUGUUUAAGACCAUCAAUAACAUUGAAAAACAGCAAGCCUGUAAAUUGCGCCUUACCCUUGAGAGCUUGUGGACGAUGCACAAGCGAAUGGUCGAUAAACAGGAGCCAGCAAACAUCCAUCUCCCUUCUCCUCAAAAAACUCCAAAGAAGCCAGCUGAACCCAAGGUAGUAGAGGAAACAGUGGAGGAGAAAGUCAUCCAAGAGAUUGUGGAGGAAGAGGAACAUGUGGUUGUUGAGAAACCUCAAAGAGUUGAGACACUUAUCAAGAAAGUGGUUCCGGCAAAGCUGGUUCCACGCAUCGAGUCCUCUUUUAACCCUGAGCCACAGAGCCCUGACCCCAUCGGAGACGCAGAGUCGGUCAGUCCCGUGGACCACACGGAUCGAUAUGCAGAGCAGAUCUCGGAGCAGGCCCAGGGCUUAUUACAGUCGCAACUGAGAAGACCCGUGUACGUCAUCGAUGUGGAGUCUCAGCGGGUUAAUGAAAAGCUACUGGACCAGGCCUUGCUGAAGAGAACCAUCACCCCAAGGCUUUACCAUCUGGUCAGGGACGUCAUCAUGCAGACACAGGUCAGCAUCGAGAAUCGCCUCUGCUGCAUCAUGCAGAGGUUCAUGAGACAUGCAAGACUCCAACAAGUCUGCAAGAUUUUAAAUGGCAGAUUGCUUGAAGCUCGCAGCCUGAACGAUGGUCAUACUGUAAGAAAGUGUUACUUCUACCUGCAAAAACUGGAAAAGCUCCAAACAAAAGUAUCUGACAGUGGUUAUACCAAGCAGGCCUCAGUUGAUCAAAUUCGCAAAAGCUGCAUGACACGAAUGAUGUGCUUGUUCAACCAGCUGAAACUGGAUUUUGGCAUACAUCUGGCAGCACCCUAUUGUUGCUCAGUUCAGGACUGUUUGCCGUACCCGAUUCUGACAAUAGUGCCGAAAAAACUGCAGUGGUCGCUCAAUCCCUCCCGUUGUCAACGCAGUCACCACUCGAACCCUCAACCACCUGCACUGUCCCCACUCCUCUCCUCUCUACUGCCCGCACUGUAUGAUCGCCACCUGACAACCAGCGAAAGUGACCGCACCAGUGAAAGGGACACACCAGGGUCAGACCACGCCAGCUAUGAGCGGUUAUGGGAGGUGCAGCACACCAACAACAGCAUAUGGCUUACAACCAAACAGCCUGCAGCGCUACCUCUGCCCAUGCCAACUCUUCCUCGUUUGCUUGAGAUGGACGUGAACCAUGAGAGAAGGAAAGCUCGGCGAACUCUGCAAGACAGAAUGAAUGGAGCACUAGGACAGCUUUUGAAAUCUAGAGGCGAUUCUCUGCUGACGACAAAGAAAUAAAUAGCAUUUGCACAUGAUAGCUUUUGUAUACACAUUACUUUGACCAGUUGAACUCACUUCAU